UCCCCUGCGCUCGGUUCUUUUCGGCUCCUGCAGGAUCCAGGCUGCUACAGACGCUCUCGCCUUAAGGGGGCCUCCGGGAGAGGGGAGAGCGCCGCCGACGCCAGCGCCCCACCCCCGCCGCCGGUCCCGGGCCGGCCGCGGCGGCGAGCGGCGGCCACAGGAAGCGGGCGGCGGCGGCGGCGGCGGCGGCGGCCUCCCCGGGUCCCCCGGCUCCGCGCCCGCCCGGAGCAGCGGUCCGCCAUAUUGGGGCCGGAGCGAAGGCGGCGGCGGCCCGGCCGCGGUCUGGGAGGAGUCGGCUGCUCCGGGGCCGCCAGGCCGGGGAGUGAAUGAGUCUCUGGCGCUAGUGUCCUCCCCGCCCACUCGCUCCGCUCUCCGCCGCCGGGCCCGGGCCGCGAGGGGGGCCCGAGGCGGCAGCAUGUUCUCCAAGAAGCCGCACGGGGACGUGAAGAAAUCCACGCAGAAGGUGCUGGACACCAAGAAGGACGCGCUGACCCGGCUCAAGCACCUGCGAUGCGUCAUCGAGAAUGCGGAGUCUAUCGACCUUAAACAGUUUUUUGACCAACAUUUUUCACAUAUUUAUUAUGUGUUCUUUGAGAAUUUCGUGACUAUUGAAGCUAGUCUGAAACAGAAAGGUCACAAGUCUCAAAGGGAGGAAUUGGAUGCUAUACUUUUUAUUUUUGAGAAAAUUUUGCAACUUCUUCCAGAGAGAAUUCAUCAGCGAUGGCAAUUUCAUAGUAUUGGAUUGAUUUUAAAGAAACUACUUCACACAGGAAACUCCUUGAAGAUCCGGCGGGAAGGUGUUCGUCUUUUCUUGUUAUGGCUGCAAGCUCUUCAGAAUAACUGUAGCAAAGAACAGCUUUGGAUGUUUUCAUGCUUAAUCCCUGGAUUUUCGGCACCACAAUCCGAAUAUGGACCUCGAACUUUAGAUAAUCUCAUUAAUCCUCCACUCAAUCUUCAAGAAACUCAAGUUACUAUAGAGGAAAUCACUCCUCUUGUCCCCCCACAAUCAGGAGAUAAAGGACAAGAAGAUCUCACAAGCUAUUUUCUUGAAGCACUUUUAAAAUACAUAGUAAUUCAGGUAAAAAGUUUAGAAUGGAAGAACAAAGAAAAUCAAGAAAGGGGAUUUUCAUUUUUGUUUUCACAUUUUAAGAAGUACUACUUGUCUUACAUUUUUCCAAACAUGUGCAAGGAGAGCAGUUUAUAUCAUCCUGUGCUUGAUAUUCCACAGAUGAGACCAAAGCCACAUUAUGUCAUGAUAAAAAAGGAUGCUGAAACCAACGAAGCAAUAUAUUGUACGAAGGAGCCUUUCAUUAAGGCUCGUGUAAUUGUCAUUCGUUGGCUGGUUUCUUUUUGGCUUGAGCCAAAGCCACACACAGGACCUCAUAUUCCUGGGAUGGAAGGUGAAAUCUUGCCAAAGAAUAUUCAGAGAGCAGCAGCUAGUUUGGUAUCCAGAGAAGAAAAUAAAACCGAUAAUACUGAUAAAACAGAUAGGACUACAGAACCAGAACAGUCUCAUUCUAAUACAAGCACUCUGACGGAGCGAGAACCUAGCUCAUCUAGCCUUUGUAGUAUUGAUGAAGAACAUCUCACAGACAUUGAAAUAGUUCGCAGAGUUUUUUCUUCUAAAAGAAGUAAUGUAAACUUUGUCACAGAGAUAUUUCGUCAGGCAUUUUUGUUACCAAUUUGUGAAGCAGCAGCAAUGAGGAAAGUGGUAAAAGUAUAUCAAGAAUGGAUUCAGCAAGAGGAAAAACCUUUGUUCAUGCAAGAGCCUGAAGAAAUUGUGAUUUCUUCUUCUGACUUACCUUGCAUUGACAGUGUUCCAGACCAUGAUAUUUCAAUGGAAGAAGGCGAAAAGAGAGAAGAGGAAAAUGGGGCCAAUAUUGCUGAUCAUGUUCGAAAUUCCACUUGGGCAAAAAAUGGCACCUAUCAAGAUGUUCUUCAUAACGCCUCUGAAGAAGCCACAGAAGAAAACAUACGAGCUGGUACCCAGGCAGUUUUGCAGGUGUUUAUUAUAAACUCAUCAAAUAUAUUUCUUCUUGAACCUGCAAAUGAAAUAAAAAGUCUUCUGGAUGAGCACACAGAUAUGUGUAAACGUAUUCUUAACAUUUAUCGGUUCAUGGUUGUGCAAGUAUCAAUGGACAAAAAGACUUGGGAACAGAUGCUGCUUGUGUUGCUCAGAGUCACGGAGUCUGUACUGAAGAUGCCAUCACAAGCUUUUCUACAGUUCCAGGGGAAAAAAAAUAUGGCCUUGGCAGGUCGACUUGCAGGACCACUUUUUCAGACUCUUAUAGUUGCCUGGAUCAAAGCAAAUCUAAAUGUGUACAUUUCCCGAGAACUUUGGGAUGAUUUACUCUCAGUCUUGUCAUCACUGACCUAUUGGGAAGAAUUAGCCACUGAGUGGUCACUGACUAUGGAGACACUAACUAAAGUUUUAGCUAGAAAUUUAUAUAGUUUGGAUCUCAGUGAUUUACCAUUGGAUAAGCUGAGUGAACAGAAGCAAAAAAAGCACAAAGGGAAAGGAGUUGGACAUGAAUUUCAGAAAGUUUCGGUUGACAAGUCAUUUUCUAGAGGAUGGAGUCGUGAUCAGCCUGGCCAAGCCCCAAUGAGACAGAGAAGUGCAACAACCACCGGUUCCCCAGGAACUGAAAAGGCGAGGAGUAUAGUACGGCAAAAAACUGUUGCCAUGAGAAGCCGAUCCAUUGGUGAAUGUGCUCUGCCAUCGGCCUAUAUACGCAGUGCUAAAAGUGCUCCUGUUCUGAUCCAUACUUCCAAACCCUUCUUGCCUGAUAUUGUUCUCACUCCCCUUUCUGAUGAGCUUUCAGAUAUUGAUGAUACUCAAAUACUUCCCCGCCCAACUAGAGUCAGACAUUUUUCACAAAGUGAAGACACUGGGAAUGAAGUUUUUGGUGCUUUGAAUGAGGAACAGCCAUUGCCUCGAAGUAGCAGCACUUCUGACAUCUUGGAACCAUUCACUGUUGAACGAGCCAAAGGUGCAGUUCCUGUCAUUGACAGUUCGUCCCGUCAUGCGCCAAGCUUGCAGAGUUCCACAGAGGCUUCUUCAAUAACUAGAUCCACUGAAAGCCACAUCACUGAUACUCAUAGUAGAGAGUCUUCUCUGGAAGUUGGUGAUAGCAUAUAUGACCAUCUUUGUCACUUAAUAGAUCCAGUAGAACUCGCAGAUUCAGCUUUCGAACAAAUCCAGUACAUUGACCUUGAAGGAGAUGAUGAUCUUCUUUCCUCCCUGAAAGAAUAUUUUAAGGAAAAGCAGGAAAAUCACAGUAAAAAUGAGUUAGGUAAAGAUGCAGCUUCUCAGGAAGUGAUUAUUGCAGUAAAUAGGGAUGAAAGGUCAUCCUUAGAUAAAUUAGAAUACUUAGAUCAAGAAAAUAAAUUAGAAAAUACCUCUUUUGUUGGGACUACUGUAAAUAUACAGUUUCAAAAAGAACAAAACUCAUCUGUCUUCAUGAAUAAUACUUCAUCUAACCAAUUAGAUAGUGUUAUGAGAACAAGGACUUCUGAAAAAUCUAAGCAACUAAGCAGUGAACAACAGUCACCGGAACCUAGUUCAGGUAGCCCUUGUGAUAAAGAAAAGAGGAAAUAUCUAUAUCGACAAGCAGCCACAGAAUUAGAUGCUUGUGUAGAUAUAACACUAGUUGAAAAGGUUAUGGAUAUGCAAAUUAAUGAAAAAAAAACUGUCCCUCAUGUUAUGCAUGCCAAGAAAACCACACUAAAAGCACCUGUUAACCGUAGAAUGCCUCAUGUUACAAACACUAGCAAGCUUUCUCCAACCAAAAGGAGCUUGUCUGAAACAGUUACUCAUAGAGCCAAAAUCAUGAAAAUUGCUACUAAAAAACGAACUAGUGUUCAUGUUACUUUUAGACCUUCUACUGAGUCAGUUCAGUUUUAUAAUCCCAUGGAAAACAAAGAGGCCCCGUGGAAGACGAGACUGCGGAAGCUCAGUGGCUUCAGCAGUAGUAGCAAUAGCAACACCAGUAACGCCCCCCAUACCAUCUCAAAUAGUGUUUCUGAGCUAGUAAAACCUGGUGUGUACAGACCUCUAGGUACAAUUGGAACAACAUCAGUAAGUAGUAAAACAAUCAAGGAGUCUGCAGAGAUUCCCACCAUAUUACAAAAGGAAGGAAUUGCAAGUAACCAGUUAGGUAGUCGUAGUACUCUCAGAUCAUCAAGUCAUGAGACAGGACUAUCGCAGGGCUCCCUGGGUGGCGUUUAUAAAACUGUUGUACAUGCUCUUUCAAAGCCGAAGGCAAAUGUUUCCCCACAGAGGCAGAACAGAAUGCCACCAGAGGCUCCACUGAGGGAUCUGUACAGUCAUGUAAUGGGCUAUUUUGGAAGGAAAGCUGCAGUCAAUAAAGAGGAUAUGAGCCCAAAACUGCCUCCUCUUAAUAGUGAUAUUGGCAGCAGCAAUGCUAAUGUUCCUGAUCUGAUGGAUGAGUUUAUAGCAGAACGACUUAGAAGUGGUAAUGCCUCAACUCUAACAAGAAGAGGAAGUAGUCCAGGCAGCCUCGAAAUUCCCAAAGACCUCCCUGAUAUUCUAAACAAGCAGAACCAAAUGCGCCCUAUUGAUGACCCAGGUGUACCCUCAGAAUGGACUUCUCCUGCCAGUGCAGGGAGCAGUGAUCUUAUCAGCUCAGAUAGUCAUUCGGAUUCUUUCAGUGCUUUCCAAUAUGAUGGACGAAAAUUUGACAAUUUUGGCUUUGGAGCUGAUACUGGGAUUGCAUCGUCUGCUGAUGUGGAUUCAGGUUCUGGUCAUCAUCAGAGUACUGAAGAGCAAGAAGUGGCUAGUCUAACCACGCUUCACAUAGAUUCUGAAACAAGCAGUCUUAAUCAACAAGCUUUCUCUGCUGAAGUUGCAACGGUUACUGGUUCAGAAAGUGCUUCUCCAGUUCAUUCAGCUCUGGGAUCCAGGUCACAAACACCUUCCCCUUCUACAUUGAAUAUAGAACAUCUGGAACAGAAAGAUCUGCAGCUUGACGAGAAACUUCACCACUCUGUUCUUCAGACGCCAGAUGACCUAGAAAUCAGUGAAUUUCCAUCUGAAUGUUGUAGUGUGAUGGCAGGGGGUACUCUUACAGGAUGGCAUGCUGAUGUUGCUACUGUAAUGUGGCGAAGAAUGCUAGGCAUUUUGGGAGAUGUCAAUGCUAUUAUGGAUCCUGAAAUACAUGCUCAAGUCUUCGAUUACCUCUGUGAACUUUGGCAGAAUUUAGCUAAGAUUAGAGAUAACCUCGGCAUUUCGACUGAUAACCUGACCUCCCCUUCUCCACCAAUUUUGAUACCUCCAUUGAGAAUUCUUACACCUUGGCUUUUCAAGGCAACCAUGUUGACUGAUAAAUAUAAGCAAGGUAAAUUACAUGCUUAUAAACUUAUUUGCAAUACAAUGAAAAGAAGACAAGAUGUUUCUCCAAAUAGAGAUUUUCUGACACAUUUCUAUAAUAUAAUGCAUUGUGGAUUACUUCAUAUUGAUCAGGAUAUUGUCAAUACAAUCAUCAAGCACUGCUCACCUCAGUUUUUUUCACUUGGUUUGCCUGGUGCCACAAUGCUUAUUAUGGAUUUUAUUGUAGCAGCUGGCAGAGUGGCUUCUUCAGCUUUUCUCAAUGCACCAAGAGUGGAAGCACAAGUUCUUCUGGGAUCUUUAGUUUGCUUUCCUAACUUAUAUUGUGAACUGCCUGCUCUUCAUCCCAAUAUUCCUGAUAUUGCUGUGUCUCAGUUUACAGAUGUUAAGGAACUUAUAAUCAAAACUGUAUUAAGCUCAGCAAGAGAUGAGCCCUCUGGUCCUGCACGAUGUGUAGCACUUUGCAGUUUAGGUAUUUGGAUUUGUGAAGAACUAGUCCAUGAGUCUCAUCAUCCUCAAAUUAAGGAAGCUCUGAAUGUAAUAUGUGUUUCCUUGAAGUUUACUAAUAAAACAGUAGCCCAUGUAGCUUGUAACAUGCUUCACAUGCUGGUUCAUUAUGUACCUAGACUUCAGAUUUACCAACCUGAUUCUCCCUUGAAAAUUAUUCAAAUUCUGAUAGCCACUAUUACCCAUCUUUUGCCAAGUACAGAAGCUUCAUCUUAUGAAAUGGACAAGAGGUUGGUGGUAUCUUUACUUCUGUGCCUUCUGGACUGGAUCAUGGCCUUGCCCCUAAAGACACUGCUCCAACCAGUCCAUACUACAGGAGCAGAAAAUAAUAAAAUAGAAAAGUCAGUCCUCAAUUGCAUUUAUAAGGUAUUACAUGGAUGUGUUUAUGGAGCUCAAUGUUUUAGCAAUCCAAAGUAUUUUCCAAUAAGCCUAUCAGACCUGGCAUCUGUGGAUUAUGAUCCCUUUUUGCCUUUGGAAAGUCUGAAAGAACCUGAACCUUUGCAUUCUCCUGAUUCAGAACGGUCUUCUAAACUCCAACCAGUAACAGAAGUGAAAACUCAAAUGCAACAAGGAUUAAUUUCUAUAGCUGCUCGCACUGUUAUUACACAUCUGGUAAAUCACUUGGGCCAUUAUCCAAUGAGUGGUGGUCCUGCUAUGUUAACAAGUCAGGUGUGUGAAAAUCAUGACAAUCACUACAGUGAAAGUACUGAACUUUCUCCUGAACUCUUUGAGAGUCCAAAUAUCCAGUUCUUUGUGUUGAACAAUACAACUUUAGUGUCCUGUAUUCAGAUCAGAUCAGAAGAGAGUAUACCUGGAGGAGGUUUAUCUGCUGGUCUUGCAUCAGCCAAUUCAAAUGUCAGAAUCAUAGUACGUGAUCUUUCUGGAAAAUAUUCAUGGGAUUCUGCUAUCCUAUAUGGACCACCUCCUGUAAGUGGCUUGUCAGAACCUACAUCUCUCAUACUUUCAUUGUCUCACCAAGAGAAGCCAGAAGAGCCACCUACAUCUACGGAAUGCUUAGAAGAUAUAACAGUAAAAGAUGGGAUUUCCUGUCAGUUUAAAAGAUUUAGAGAAACUGUACCAACUUGGGAUACAAUCAGAGAUGAUGAAGAUGUUCUUGAUGAGCUUUUGCAGUAUUUAGGUGUAACCAGUCCUGAAUGCUUACAGAGAACUGGAAUUUCACUUAAUAUUCCUGCUCCACAACCUGUGUGCAUUUCUGAAAAACAGGAAAAUGAUGUUAUUAAUGCUAUCCUUAAGCAACAUACAGAGGAAAAAGAAUUUGUUGAGAAACACUUUAAUGACUUAAACUUGAAAGCUGUGGAGCAAGAUGAACCAGCACCUCAAAAGCCUCAGUCAGCAUUUUAUUAUUGCAGAUUGCUUCUUAGUAUAUUGGGAAUGAAUUCCUGGGACAAAAGGAGGAGCUUUCAUCUCCUAAAGAAAAAUGAAAAACUACUUAGAGAACUUAGGAACUUGGAUUCAAGACAGUGCCGAGAGACACACAAAAUCGCUGUAUUUUAUGUUGCUGAAGGACAAGAAGAUAAACAUUCCAUUCUCACUAAUACAGGAGGGAGUCAAGCAUAUGAAGAUUUUGUAGCUGGUCUUGGUUGGGAGGUAAAUCUUACAAACCAUUGUGGUUUCAUGGGAGGACUACAGAAAAACAAAAGCACUGGUCUGACCACACCAUAUUUUGCUACCUCUACAAUGGAAGUAAUUUUUCAUGUAUCCACAAGAAUGCCUUCUGAGUCUGAUGACUCUUUGACCAAAAAAUUGAGACAUUUAGGAAAUGAUGAAGUACACAUUGUUUGGUCAGAGCAUACUCGAGACUACAGAAGAGGAAUUAUUCCUACAGAAUUUGGUGAUGUCCUUAUUGUAAUAUAUCCAAUGAAAAAUCACAUGUUCAGUAUUCAGAUAAUGAAAAAACCAGAGGUUCCCUUCUUUGGCCCACUUUUUGAUGGUGCUAUUGUGAAUGGAAAGGUCCUACCCAUUAUGGUUCGAGCCACAGCUAUCAAUGCAAGCCGUGCUCUGAAAUCACUGAUUCCACUGUAUCAAAACUUCUAUGAGGAGAGGGCACGGUACCUGCAAACUAUUGUCCAGCACCAUUUAGAACCAACGACAUUUGAAGACUUUGCGGCGCAGGUUUUUUCUCCAGCUCCCUACCAUCAUUUGCCACCGGAUGCUGAAAGAAAUGCAGUGAUAGUUCUCUUCCUCCCAAAACCUCCGCUAGAAAACAUUGGCCAUCUCAAGGCUCCUACCCAGAGGUUCUACCCAGUGAAACUCCCACAGCAACGCAGGUAGAUGGGGCUGACCUGGCCUCUCCAAUGUCUCCUCGAACUAGCAAAAGCCGUAUGUCCAUGAAGCUGCGUCGGUCCUCUGGCUCAGCCAAUAAAUCCUAAGGAGACGAGCAGCCCAGCAGAGAUCAGCAGUAGCCGCCUCAGCAUGAACAUAGUGUUAACCCUUCCGGCUCUUAUGUUUGCCACAGCAUGCAUGUUCCUUCCUGAACAUUUAUUGUAAAAAGAACACUGGAUUUAAAUAAUUUGUAACUUAAUAUUUUAGAUGUGAGUUGUUUAUUCAGUUGGUUUUUCCCCCCUACACUCUAAACUGCCUUGGGGGAGAGGGGCAUUCAAUACCCUUUACCUUUCUAGAUAAUUAUGUCUAAGAAGUUUUACUUUUAAUUUCAUGAUUACUUUUGAACCAAAAUAGAAUUGGUUCUCAUUAUUUUAUUUAUCAUGCCCCAUUGCAACUUUAUGGGCUCAGUAAAUAUAUAAUUUUUUUACAAAUGUAAAUUUUUAAAUUUAAGCAUUUGUAAAGUUAUAGCAAAAGUUGCAAAUCUGUUAAUAUACAGACGUGUAUGGAUUAUUUAUGUUAUGAAAAUAAAACAUUAAAAUAAAUGGCCUUUUAGCAUCUCAAAUUCUAACUGAAAUAAUUUUAGCAUUAACUUUUUCUUCCCAAAGCAAUGCCUCGUUUCUUGGCUGUGUGGUGACACCAUGGCUUAUCCAAUAACCAGAAAAAUCACUGUGCUAACUUUGAUUUAAGUUUAGCUUCAAUAUUUUUCUAAUGUUUUGCUUUUGAAAUGUUAUCACUGUUAAAUGCCCCCCCCCCCUUUUUUUGAGAUUGUGGCCCUUUAUUAUUGGCUGGUGGAUCCUGGUGUAUCUGUGUUCCUUCCUAAAUACCAUAAAGAGGGGAACUUGGGAGGAAAAAAGGAAAGAAGGAAAAAACUUUUCUGAUAUAAAUGUGUUAAAUUAUGUAUAUUUUUUUAAAAGUAACAUGACCCAGGAGUCCAAAUUAAAUCUAACAUUGUUAAUACUGAACUUGCAAGUGCAGGUUGGUAUACAUUCCACUCUCCAGAAGUGUUUCCCUACAGUAGAUAAGCUGCUCACAUUUUGCUCAUAUUUUGUUUUAAAUGGGCAUCUCCUAAGGAAAUGUAGCAUGGCAUCGGUACUAACUGCAUGUGUAAAUACAUCAUACAACAAACUAUAAAAUAUAAAUUAUGUAUCAUCUUUCAUGUAGUAUCUACAAAUUUGUAACAGUGAAAAAAAUAUAUAGUAUUUAGUAAUAUAAUAAAAAUAUCACUUAUGUC